AUGACUUCAAAUCACAGCCGCAACGCCUCGGAGGAGAGCAAUGUCACCUCCAUGUCCUACAUUCUGGAGCAUGUUUUGCAGUACCCGGGCUCCUAUGAAAUUCCCCUGCGUACCAUGUACACACUCAACUGUGUGCCACGUUCGCAGCCCCUCCCCAAGGAUCUCUCCAGCACUCAGUCGCAAAACACCUCGCCAAUAACGGGACAGAUGUGGACUGGUACCGAGACCGCCGCCUUGAGCUUCACGGCACAGCUUAUGAACCACCUCCACUCAAUGCCCACACAGGCCAGCUCGCUACCGCCAACUUUUAUCGUCAACUUUGUCAACCGCUGCUUCCAUCCUUCGCUUCAUCUCGUGGAUUUCCCUCAGGCUCUUACCGCGCUCGACUACUUGCGGGAUCUGGAAACCCGGAGGCGCAAGGAGAUGAAGGCUGCGUUUGAGCGAGUCCAUGUCCAUGCUGAGUCGUAUGAAGCUGACAUGGCUUGCAUGGCGGAGAAGUUUCCGGGAAUCGCCCUUUGGGUCAGGAACGUCGAGGGCAAGAACAGGAAGGCAGAGAGCUAUUACGCGCAGCUAUGGCUAGGUUUGCGCCGAUGGAUCAUGAUCAAUGAGCUAUCAAUGCAGCCGUUCAACAAACUCAACUGCAUGGGCAUGCUUAACACACUGUUGCCACCCAUGCAAGACGAGAACAAGCUACCCUCAACGCAUCUGGACUUGAAGACUCUCAAGGACGAGCGUGAAGGUUUCUUUGACUACAUUCGCCUCGUCCAGAAGAAUGGACCUUCAGUACUAAAGCCUAUCCUGGACAUGAACAAGGGCACCAAUGAAGAGACUGGUUGGCCUUCUGUUCAGAGAGUGGUCGACAAGUACACCAAGGUGGCAAAGCAGAUGAUUGACGAUUGCUUAGCCACAGCCGGACCCGAGUCCUUUGAGCGCAGCUUCCAUGAGAAAACUGGCAAGAAGACAGACUCCGGAGUGAGCUUCGGUUCUCAGAGGACGUUGAGUGUUGCAUCCGGCCUGCCCGAGGCACAGCUACCCGAGGCUCCAACGCCCACCUUCACCGGCACCAGCAAGGGUCCCACCACGCUCGAGAGGAUCACCCGAGAGUUCCGGCGCAUGCGUGUCAAGCCACGACAUGAGAUCGAAGAGAUCGUACAGAUUAAGCAAAGUCCUGCCGCCGACUAUGUGCCUCAAAUAGGCGACAGCACAGGCAAGAGGUCGCUCAAAAAGGCCAAGUCGCUCGCCAGCCUCAAAUUCGGCAACGGUUCUUCUCUCUCCUUGGCGGUCAGUAGAAAGGGAAGCGACGCGAUGCCGUCCUUCGACCCAGCGACGAUGAAAAAGCACCGUGCACUAUACGAGGCAUCGGUGGCAAGGCCCAGUAACAGCCAUUCCUAA